UAUUAUGCCUUUGAACUACGUAAGCAUUUGUAUCGCUCUUUACGAUUACACUGCUCAAAACGACGAUGAAAUUUCCUUUAAAGAAGACGACAUACUUUAUAUUUUAGAAAAUGACGACGAUGAAUGGUGGAAGGCUAAAUUAAAGAUCGAAAAAAGUGAAGGCGGCGAAAAUGCACCAGAAGGCCCGAUCGGAAUUGUGCCUAGCAACUACAUCCAGGAGGCUGAAUGUAAAAGUGUUUUGAAAGCUGUUUACGAUUAUGAAGCACAGUCAAACGAAGAAUUGUCAUUCAAAGAGGAAGAUAUAUUAUACCUAUAUGACAAAGAUGACUCAGAUUGGUAUUUGAUUAAAUUCAACGACGUAUUUGGUUAUGUGCCUGCAAAUUAUGUUGAAGAGACAUCGUUUGAUUCUGAGGAACAAGAACUACAAGAAAAUCAAGAACCAAAGAAAAAAAUGUCACUAUUUGACGCUUUAUCGAGUGCAUCUGAAAACAAAUACGUAGAUCCAUUACAACUGUAUGCUCGUAAGGUUGCUACUCAAAAAAGUGGCACAUCAAAAUCGGCACCUGCUGCUAAAACAUGGUCGGUUUCGGAAGUUAUCGUAGUUGAUAAGAAAAAAAAGAAAAAGAAGGGUAAACUUAGUAUUGGGGGCGAAAAUGUAUUUUACGCUAGUGAAACAGACAAGACUCCAGUACAACUUUGGAAUAUUAGCGAUGUGGAGAGUGUCAAGUAUGAGAAAAAAAAUGUUACAAUAACAUUUGGUGGUGCAAAGUCAGCAACAUUUAAUUUUCAGGUAUCGAAUAAAAAUGAUGCUGAAGCUAUUUAUCGACAAUAUGUGGAAUGCACCGCAAGUUUAGAAUUGCCAACUGUUAAUGUUGACACAAGCUCUAUGAAAUCUCCACGACCAACUUCAGCACAUGAUAACCAAGAUACUGAAGAAACUGAGUCACAAGCUGACGCUGAAGAAAAUGAUGUAGAAGAGGUUAAUGAGAUGGAGUUUCCACCGCCAAAAGUUGGCAUUGCAUUAUAUGAUUUUGAUGCUCAAGGAGACGAUGAGAUUUCAAUCCGCGAAGGUGACAAAGUUUGGGUUGUUGAUGAUGUUAGCAGCAAUGAAUGGUGGAGAUGUCGUAAAGGUGACGAGGAAGGCAUGGUGCCCUCUUCUUAUAUUAAUAUACCAAAUGAAGAUGAUAAUGCUGACCAAGAUGCUGUUGAGGAGUCUUCUUCAGAUGAAGCUGCCAUAAAGAAAAUACAAACACCAACAAAUCGCAUAUUGCCUGACAGACCAGUCCAAGCUCAAUCAAAAGAUAAACCACUUCCGUCGAAUACAAGGCUUUGGAUGGAUAGAACUGGCUCAUUCCAAGUUGAAGCUGAAUUUCUUCAACUUGUUGAUGGCAAAAUACAUCUUCAUAAACUUAAUGGCAUUAAAAUUGCUGUUCCCAUUGAUCGAAUGAGCAAAAAGGACAUUGCAUAUCUUGAGAAAGUAACGGGAGAAAAACUAGAUGACAAAUCUGAUAACAUACCUUUGGCUGCUAUUGUUGCUGGACAUAAAGGCAAGACGACCUUAACAAACAAACAUAAAUCAGAAUAUGAUUGGUUUGACUUCUUUCUUAAGGCUGAUAUCACGCAUGGUGAUGCGUUCAAAUAUGCUGAAGUGUUUAUCAAUGAGAAUAUGGAUGAAAGUUCAAUAAAUAAUUUGGAUCGUAAUGUAAUGAAAGAACUCGGCUUGAAAGAAGGUGAUAUAAUUAGAGUAAUUAAGUACAUUGCCGAAAAUUAUACGUCCGCUAAAAAGAAAAAUACUACUGAUAAAAGUAAAGAAAGAGAAAUGAUGGAUAGAGAAAUUGCCAAAAAAAUCCAGUCUGAAGAACUCGAAAAAUCACAAAAAAUGGCAGAAUUUGACAUAAAGAUCCAACUGAAACGAGAUGAGCAAUUAGCAAGAGAACUUCAAGAAGAAGAAAACAGAAUAGCACGUAGUGAAGGGAGACAAAUCCCAAAAGAUGCCGAUUUGUAUGGUAAAGGGACUUUAGACUCACUUAUUCAACGGGAUGAUAAAACAACUUCACCAAAAACUCCGCCACUGCUUUUUUCUGAAAACAAUGGUGUUUUGAAAAAUAAUACGAAAAAAGCCCGCCCUACGCCCACAAAAACAGCACCAAUUCAAGUUGAUGCAAAAACUUUUAGCAAGAAUACUAAGGAUCAAAUCGAUUCUGCUUUUAAGCCAUCUUCAAAUUCAUCGUCUUCUAAGACACAGAAAUUCGAUGAUAAUGCUUGGAACUUUACUGACUCUACACCUGCAUUAUUACCUGCUUCUAAGGUGACUCCAUCCCCACCUCCUCCACCUCCACCUCCACCAGCAGUCAUACCAAGAUCUCUAAAUGAACAAUUAACUAGUAUCAAUGCUCCGACUAAUCUGAAUACUAGUGCUUGGACCUCUUUAAGCCCUGCUGUUUCUUAUUCCAGUAAUUCAUCUACAUCACUUCCUGUCCCACCUUCUCAACCUUUAUUACAACAAAAUUUAGUCACACCACCUCCACCGCCUUCACAACCAAUCGCUGUUCCAUUGAAUUCUACCCUUCAUCAACCUCUAAUUCCAGUUAAAUCUGCAAGCUGGAACAGUGCAGGUUUAUCUAUGCUGCCAACUAAUAAUACUUUAUCAAAUCCUAACCCUGGAUUUGGCUCAACUGGUGUAUCUAUGCUGCCAACCAACAAUAUUCUAUCAAAUCCUAACCCUGGAUUUGGCCCAACCAGUUUAUCUAUGCUGCCAACUAAUAAUGCUCUGUCAAAUCCUAAUCCUGGAUUUGGCCCAACUGGUAUAAAUAACCAAUACAUGACUACUACAACAACUGUUCAAUAUCAUCAAACAACUUCGUUCCAUCAGCCAAUGCAGAAUCAGCAACAAACAAAUUCAGCAAUGUUUGAACCUAAAAAUGUGUUUGCUUCCAUGAAGACUGGACAAAUUGGGCCAAAAUCCCUACCAAAUGAUUUAGGCGCGAAUGCAUCGACUGACAGAUAUGCUGCCUUGAAGCAAGUGGAUCUCCAAGGCCCAGGUGUCUUCAAUAACACAACAUCAACAUUCCAAGCACAAAGCUCAACGAAUUUUGGUUUAAAUCCAAGUGGAUUCAACACUAGUCCAGCAAAUUGGAAUCAGGGCGUUUCUCAACCAAACCAAAAUUUUGCCGGAGGUAUCCAACCUAAUGCAGGGUUUGGUUUUGGUCAACAACCUGGUCAAUUUGGAUCUAACCAGCAAGGAUUUGGUGCUAACCCUGGAUUUAAUAACAAUCAACAAUUUAAUAAUUUUGGUCAGGGAUUUUACCAAAAAUAG